AUGGUUGUCAAAGCACUAGCUCACAAAAGAAUUGUACACAAGAGAACAAAGAGAUUUGUUAGAUUUGAAUCAGAAGACUACCCACACAAAUUAAGACCUAGUUGGAGAAGACCAAGAGGUAUUGAUAACAGAGUCAGAAGAAGAUUCAGAGGAAACAGACCUAUGCCAAAAGCUGGUUAUAGAGGUGAUAAAAAGACAAGAUAUUUGGAUUAAUCUGGUUUCAGAAAGUUAUUAAUCACAAAUGAAAAGGAUCUUGAAUUAUUACUCACAAAUAACAGAACUUUUGCAGGUGAAUUGGCUCAUAAUCUCUCAGCAAGAAAAAGAGCUACACUUGUAAGAAGAGCAGCCGAACUCAAUGUUAGAUUGACUAAUGGCAAAGGAAAAGUAAGAGCAGAAGAAAAAAAAGAAUGAUUUCAUCUGUACAAUAUAUAAACAUACAUUAAAUUACAAUUAAUAUAUUUAUAUUA